AUGAAUCAAGGACAUUACGGUAAUCAGAGUGGCGGCUACACUCCACCAACUGGACCAGGAAACGCUGGCUAUAACGCUUACGAUCAACAAGGAGGUUAUCCGCAACAAGGAGGUGGAUACCAACAUCCAGGCGGCUAUCCCAAUGAUCCGCCACAAGGAGGAUACCCACCACAGCAAGGUGGAUAUCCUCCACCGGGAGGAUAUCCACCUCAGUCAGGAGGAUAUCCUCCACCGGGAGGAUAUCCACCUCAGUCAGGAGGAUAUCCUCCGCAAUCAGGCUAUCCUCAAGGUGGACCUCCAGGAAUGCCACAACCAGCCGGUUAUGCACCCAAUCGAGGUCCAUCACCACCAAUUGGAUUCAACACCGGAUAUCCAGAUCAGUCAGCUCAGCCAUACCCACCACAAGGUGGCAUGGGAUAUGCUCCACAACCAGGAGGUUAUCCACCGCAACAGGGAUAUCAGCCACCAAGCCAAUACGGUUCGGGCUAUGGAGCGCCGGCGCCGCCUCCUUAUAUUCAACCUGGACAGUACAGGCCAGGUGAGCGACUUUUCAGAUAG